GGCCAGAGAGGCCCAGGGGACAGCCAGGGACAGGCAGACAUGCAGCCAGAGCCCCGAGGCCUGGACAGGGGCUGCCAGGCCCCGUGACGGGAGGACCCCGAGCCCCCGGCCCGGGGAGGGGGCCAUGGUGCUGCCUGCCCGACAUGUCAGCCGAGGUGCGGCUGAGGCGGCUCGAGCAGCUGGCGCUGGACCCCGGCUUCCUGGGGCUGGAGCCCCUGCUCGACCUUCUCCUGGGCGUCCACCAGGAGCUGGGCGCCUCCGACCUGGCCCAGGACAAGUAUGUGGCCGACUUCUUGCAGUGGGUGGAGCCCAUCGCCGAGAGGCUUAAGGAGGCCCGACUGCAGAGGGAUGACUUCGAGAUUCUGAAGGUGAUCGGACGCGGGGCGUUCAGCGAGGUGGCGGUGGUGAAGAUGAAGCAGACGGGCCAGGUGUACGCCAUGAAGAUCAUGAACAAAUGGGACAUGCUGAAGAGAGGCGAGGUGUCGUGCUUCCGCGAGGAGAGGGAUGUGUUGGUGAACGGGGACCGGCGCUGGAUCACGGAGCUGCACUUCGCUUUCCAGGACGAGAACUACCUGUACCUGGUCAUGGAGUACUACGUGGGCGGGGACCUGCUAACGCUGCUGAGCAAGUUUGGGGAGCGGAUCCCAGCCGAAAUGGCGCGCUUCUACCUGGCCGAGAUUGUCAUGGCCAUAGACUCAGUGCACCGGCUGGGCUAUGUACACAGGGACAUCAAACCCGACAACAUCCUGCUGGACCGCUGCGGCCACAUCCGCUUGGCCGACUUCGGGUCCUGCCUCAAGUUGAGGGCGGACGGAACGGUGCGGUCGCUGGUGGCUGUGGGCACCCCGGACUACUUGUCCCCUGAGAUCCUGCAGGCUGUGGGCGGCGGGCCCGGGCUGGGCAGCUAUGGGCCCGAGUGUGACUGGUGGGCACUGGGAGUGUUCGCCUAUGAAAUGUUCUACGGGCAGACGCCCUUCUACGCCGACUCCACGGCUGAGACCUACGGCAAGAUCGUGCACUACAAGGAGCACCUGUCUCUACCGCUUGCCGACGCAGGGGUCCCCGAGGAGGCCCGAGACCUCAUCCAGCGGCUGCUGUGUCCUCCUGAGACGCGGCUGGGCCGGGAUGGAGCAGGUGAUUUCCAGAAUCAUCCUUUUUUCUUUGGCCUUGACUGGGACAGUCUCCGAGACAGCGUGCCCCCAUUUACACCGGAUUUCGAGGGUGCCACUGACACGUGCAACUUCGAUGUGGUGGAAGACGGGCUCACUGCCAUGGUGAGCGGGGGCGGGGAGACGCUGUCCGACAUGCGGGAAGGCAUGCCCCUGGGGGUCCACCUGCCGUUUGUGGGCUACUCCUACUCCUGCAUGGCCCUCAGGGACGAGGAGGUCCCAGGCCCCACGGCCAUGGAACUGGAGGCCGAACCAUUGCCUGAGCCACCUGUGCGGGCGCCCAGCCCAGAGCCCACGGUGCCGCCACCAGAGGAAACAGCCGAAGCGGCAGCUCCGGGGGCCGUUCCCGCGGCGGCGACGGCGGCGGUGGCGACGGAGGCCCAGGUGACGCUGCGGGAGCUCCAGGAGGCCCUGGAGGAGGAGGUGCUUACACGGCAGAGCCUGAGCCGGGAGCUGGAGGCCAUCCGCACGGCCAACCAGAGCUUUGCCAGUCAGCUCCGUGAGGCCGAGGCCCGGAACCGAGACCUGGAGGCGCGCGUCCGGCAGCUGCAGGAGCGGAUGGAGCUGCUGCAGGCCGGGGGAGACGCAGGCGAGUCCCCCAUCCGUCCCCUUUCCCGAGGGCGACGGGGGGAGGUGGGCCCGCGGCGUGUGUGGACACCUGGGGGAGGGCGAGGGGCCCAGGCUGGGGCACGCCGCGCCACCGCCCUCCUCCGUCCCUCCACGCGCCCUACGCCUCUCUCUUCUCCUUCCAGCUGUCACGGGGGUCCCCAGUCCCCGGGCCACGGAUGCACCUUCCCAUAUGGCCCCCCGGCCGUGGCUCUGGGCCAAUGCCCGCUGGUGGGGCCAGGCCCCGUGCACCGCCGCCACCUGCUGCUCCCUGCCAGGGUCCCUAAGCCUGACCUAUCGGAGGCGCGUUCCCUGCUCCUGUUCGCCGUUGCUCUGGCUGCUGCCGCCGCCUUGGGCUGCACUGGGUUGGUGGCCUGCGCCCACCAUCUCGCCCCGGUCUGGCGCCACCCGGGAGCCGCCUUCGCCCCCUGAACCCUAGGACCCCAAGCUGGAGGGUUGGGUGACCUGGGCACGGCGCAGAAGCCAUUCCUACCGCCUCCCCGUUCACACCGCCUCCCAGCGUGGGUCUCCGCCCGAGCUCCAGCCCUGUGAUCCGGGCCCGCCCCCUGGCGGCCGGGGAGGGAGGAGCAGGGGGCUCCAGGGAGGCUUGUAACCGGGAAUGCUGCAGUUGCUGCUGGGGAGAAUCGCAGACCAACCACCUACUAACUCCGGCCUGGCUGAGGCCCCGCCGUGGAUGGGCAAACUGCGAUCUAGAGGAGACAGCAGGGCCAGGGCUCGGCCAUCAGUUUUUCACCCUCCACGCGCCCCCCGCCUAUCGGCUCGCAGACCACAAAUCCCUGUGCAUGAGGCCCUACUAUCCCGGGAAUGUUCUCUUCCCGCGGCGAACGUCUAGUGCGAGCCCCGCCCGCCUUCUCGAGAACCUUUUGCUUUCGCCAGCCCCGCUUUUUCGGGGACUCGCGCGCCCUCCUCACGUACGUAGCUCUCGGGGCCACAGCAGGCUCCGCCCGCCUCGGCAGUUUGGGUAUUUAUUGACCUGUCCUCCGACCCGCCAAGUUCCAGGACCCCAGCACCCUAAUCCACGUUUUGGAUGCACUGAGACCCCGACAUUCCUCAGUAUUUAUUGUCUCUCCACACCUAGGACCCCACCCCCGAUCCUCGCGAAUAAAAGGCCCUCCCGUCUGCCCAA